AUGUCUGAACUGACUGACAAGGUCAAAGACAAGGUCAAGUCUGCCAUUGGCUCUAUCAAGCCCAAGAAAAAUAAGGACGACGGCCCAGACUCUCCAGAGCCUAAAGAAUCUCAAGACACUCCCUCUGACGCCCAACCCAGCACAGCACAGGCAGGCGACAAGCAAUCCGACCCUGCAGACGGCAAGGACGGUCCUUCCAAGAAUGCUCUGAAGAAACAAGCCAAGGAAGCUGAAAAGGCGAAGAAGAAAGCCGAAAAGGCAGCAAAACAAGAACAGGCUGAAAAGGAGAAGGCACAAGCGGAAGCUGCUGAACCCGACUAUGCCACCAAUCACUAUGGAGAGCUGCCGAUGCACCAAUCCCAGUCUCGCCCGGGUCGCGCAAGGACAGAUUUAUCAAAGCUAACCGCCCAGAACGAUGGCGAGCAUGUCACCUUACGUGCGCGUAUCCAGACAUCUCGCGCUCAGGGAAAGCGCAUGGUGUUCCUCAACCUUCGUCAGCGGACGGACACCGUCCAGGCUUUACUUCAAGUCACUGAUGACCAAGUCAGUACGCAGAUGGUCAAAUGGGCCACUUCUCUGGCGGACGAAAGUAUUGUCCUCAUAGAGGGCACCAUCAUGAAGGCUCCUGAGCCAAUUAUCAGCGCGAGUAUCGACGAUGUCGAGAUCCACAUUCGGGAGCUCUGGCUUAUCUCUGGCUUGGAAGACCGCCUGGCUUUUUCUCUGGAAGAUGCCACACGAUCCGAGUCCGCCCCAGAGGUAGAGGGCCAGUUCAGCAGAGUUCUUCUCGAAACGCGGCUCAAUAACCGCGUCCUGGAUUUGCGAACCCAAACAAACCAAGCGAUCUUCCGACUUCAACAUGGAAUCACCAACCUUUUCCGCCAAUACCUUAAUGACCAAGGAUUUGUGGAGAUCCAUAGUCCUAAACUCCAGGGUGCUGCCACCGAGUCUGGCGCCUCGGUGUUCAAGGUCGACUACUUCAAACGCAACGCAUUCCUUGCGCAAUCGCCACAGCUCGCCAAGCAGAUGGCCAUUGCUGCCGACUUUGAGCGUGUCUACGAAAUUGGACCUGUUUUCCGUGCUGAGGAUUCCAACACUCAUCGCCACAUGACGGAGUUUACUGGGCUUGAUCUCGAGAUGGUGAUUGAGGAACAUUACCAUGAAGUGCGCGACCUCCUCGACGAGAUGCUCAAGUCCAUCUUCCGUGGCCUUCGAGAGAAAUAUUCCAAGGAAAUUGGUGUGAUCAAGAAGCAGUUUGAGGCCGAUGAGUUCAAGUGGAGAGAAGGACCGGAAGGAACUUUGAUCCUGUCAUUCAAAGAGGCCACCGAUCUGCUCGUGGAGGAUGGUGUCGACCGCUCAGACUUGGAUGAUAUCAACACGAAAAACGAACGCAGGCUCGGCAGGAUUGUCAAGGAGAAAUAUGAUACCGACUACUUCAUUGUCGACAGGUUCCCGAUGGAGCUGAGGCCGUUCUACGCGAUGCCUAGCGCGGAUGACCCCAAUUUGUCAAACUCUUACGAUUUCUUCAUGCGUGGCGAAGAGAUCCUGUCCGGUGGGCAGCGUGUUCACUAUGCGCCGUUCCUCGAGGAGGCUAUGAAAAAGAAGGGCAUCGACCCCGCCUCCAUGAAGGGGUAUCUCGACGGUUUCCGCUUGGGAUGCCCGCCCCACGGCGGAGGCGGCAUUGGCUUGGAACGUGUCCUGAUGCUCUACUUGAAGUUGAACAACAUCAGAAGGGCGUCGCUGUUUCCCAGAGAUCCCAAGCGGCUCGAGCCUUAA